CAAAACCAAGUGAAGUGGGAAUGAUCCGAACAUCGAAUACAGAACAUUCUCUUGGAAAUUCAGACCUUUUAAGGCGAUUUAGGUCGAGGAAGACGGAGAAAAAUUAUCGGUUGGAGUUAAAACUCAGUAACCAUGGUUCGUGUGAUCAAGCAAGAGACUUAUGAUGAAGUUGUCAAAGAGAAUAUCGAAGAAUUUGCCAUGUCGCCUGAAGAAGCUAUUAAAGAUGCCAUCAGACAAUUUGAAGCACAAGGUGUUGAUCUCUCUAAUAUAAUUAAAGAUCUUGUGAUUUCUGACAAUUCAAAUGUGAUACUUACUUGCCUGGAAAAAAUAAAUACUGCCACAAAAGACAACAAUUUUGAAGAUGUUACAAAAAUACUUGAAGAAUUAAAGACUGAAUUAGAUAAGGAUAUUGCCCGAAGACUUUAUGCUGGAAAGAACAAUGGAUACUCCAUUCUAUUGAAUUUAAUAAAAGAGACUAAAAAUGAUGUCAACAUUCUUAAACCUGCUCUAAAAACAAUGACUGCGUUAAUGACCGGUCAUCCAGAUUUGCUCAAUGACGAAGGAAUAAAACUUCAAAUACAAAUCUUAGAUGAACAGUCAGAUACUUCUACAAUUCAACUUCUUCUGAAAUGGAUCAAAGAAUGUUGUAUAAAACAUGAAAUCAACCGACAAAAUAUUUUUGAAGCUGAAAUAUUAAAAAGGCUUACAGCUUUGCUUACGAAAAAAAAUAUCACUGGACCCGAAUUAAAAGCAGUUUGUAGUGUUAUUCGAUCAUUAGUUUUAGAUGAUGAUCUAAGACAUGAGUAUGGUAAAGCUCAUGAACAUGCAACUCAAAUAGCUCGAGCUUCACUUGGUAUAUUAACCAACCUUUUAUCAAAGUUUACAGAUGAUAAUACUGUCAUUGGUGAUCUGAUGUUUACUCUUGCCACUCUGGUAGUCAGAAACGAAUUUUGUGAGGAAGUAGAAGAUGCAGGUGGACUGACAUUUAUCUUGGAUGUGAUGAUAAAUCAUCCAGACGCUGAAAAGCUCAACUGGCAAGCAUUAAAAUUACUCAGUAGUCUUGCAGGCAAUGACAAAGUAAAAGCACACAUCGUAACGUGUGGAAGUGCUCCUCUCAUUAUAUCAGCUAUCAGUAGAUUUAAGAGCUCAGAGAGUGUUGUAACAGCUGGCUUUGCAUGUAUAUCAGCGUUAACUUUAAGAAGCUCUUCGAAUUCUGGAGUUUUCUUUGACUGUGGAGCGCCAGUAGUUAUGAUAGAUGCAAUGAAACAAUUCCCAAAAAGUCAAAAUAUUAUUCGUACAGCUGCACGAGCUAUUCGCAAUAUGACUGUGAAAAAUAAAGCAGAAGCGCGGGAAUUUGUAGCAUAUGGAGUUGAAUCCAUACUAACUGAUGCAAUUAAAAAUCAUGGAGCUGCUGUUGAAGCUGAAGUUAAAGCAGCGUUAAGAGAUUUAGGAUUAAAAGUAGAUUUAAAAGAGUGUUGGACGGGAAAAGGUAUUGCUUUAACCAAUUAACUAAUUAAUAAUUAUGUGAUGAUUAACCAGAUAAUGCUUUUUAUUAUGGCAAAUAUAUAUUUUCAAAGAAUAUUGAAAAAA